UCUUAGUUUUUGGUUAGAUCUUAUUUAAAAACUAUAAUGUUGUCACAUUUCACGAACUAACCCAUUUCGAAAACACCCGUCGUGCCCCUGUGUUUUCCUCUUCUCUGUCGUUAGGCCAACUUGUAAACAGUAGUCUGCACAGUACAGUGAUGCCGCAUAAUUAUGAGAUACCUUUACCUCCUCAUGGGGUUCCUACCCAUAUUUCAGAAAUGUUGAACUCUCCCGUCGAAAGUAUGGAGGGCAAAUCAGUUAAAGUUGUUGGCAGAGUGGCCUCGUUCAACCCGGAAACUGCGACAGCGAUGCUGGUGGAACCAAAGAGGUCAAAAGUGCAGGCUCCUCGUGGAAAUCUGAGGGUCAACACUUGGCUAGUGGACGCUGCUGAUUUCCGCCCGGGCUCCAAGGUGAUGCUCAUCGGAGAGUUGGAGUUGUGUGUGCCCGAAGUGUUCCGGAAGUCUGGACCAUGUGCUAAAGUCGGAGAGAAAAGAGUCUCUGAAGACAGUUCACAAUUUGAAAAGAUGGAAGAAUCUGUGCAAACUUCAGAAGCGGGUGAGGAGGUGGGGUCAGGAGAGACUUCAAAAAUGAACGUGCUGGGGGAUGCUGAAAAACAUUCAAAAUUUGAGGAGGGGGGUUCAGGGAAAACUUCAAAAGUUGAAGAGGGUGGUUCGGGAAAAUCUUCAAAAGUUCAGAAGAAGGGAGAUUUAGGACAAAAUUCAAACAUUGAGAAGGGGGAUUCUGGGAAAGCUUCAAAAGUGGAGGAGAUAGCGGAGUCUGGGGAAAUGUCAAAAGGGGAUGGUAUUGGGGAUUCCGGAGAAACUCCAAAAGUGGUAGAGAUGGAAGAUUCUAGAGAAAAUUCAAAAAUUUUGAAAAGGGAAGAGAUGAAAAAUUCUGGAGAAGCUUCAAAAGUGAAUAAGAUGGAAGAUUCCGGAGAUACUUCAAAUGGAGAAGUUGGACGAACUGUGGAAAAUGGAGAGGUGGGAGUUCGCGGACAAAUGUUGCGUGCAAAGGUGAUGGAAAGAUCAGAACAAAUAAUGUCAAAGGGAGAACAGGAGGAAAAAUCUGGAGAAUCAAGAGACCCCAGGGGAAAAAGCCCGCCAGAUUGUCAACUUCUCGUCUUGAAAGCAAGGAUGUCCAAGUGCGCCGAUCGUCUUGACUACGAGCUGUACCACAGAAGUGUGGAUGUGCAGAGAGGGUUCAGUAAUCUUGUUUAAGUUUAAGUCAACAAUAUGAAAUGUGUCACGAUGUGGUGGAACCACGUGCUUGUCAAAAUAAUGGAAUUGAAGAAAUUGACAUUUUUCUACACGUUGGGCUAUUAAUACUAUUAUUAUCUUUUUUUUCUGGCUUGAAGACAUUUUACUUCCAUUUAAAUUAUAUACAUUCCUUGUGGAUUUUUACUGAAAACCGUUGACCAAGCCAAAGGGGUUGGGAGCUUUGAAUAACUCCACAAAACGACCCAUGCUCAAAAACGCCCACACUGGGAUUUGAACCAGGACCAUUCGCUCUGUAGUUCAGCAUGAUACCCACUGAGCUAACAGAGCGCCCCAGCUGAUAAUUUUAGUGUUCCAAAGAAGUAGACCUAUUAGUGUUCCACUGGUAGGUUCUACUUCUUUUCUUUCAACAUGUUAUUUUGGUCCAACCAGCUCUUUUGGUCUUCCACAGCACUAUGUGACUAAUGUAAUUUAUACAAAUAUAUGCGAGGCAUCAUGGUGAAAUCAGGCGCUCGUCAAAAUCCUGAAA